AUGGAAACAUUCCAUUGUGGAAUCCCCUACUUCCUGAGCUAUUACAACCUAAUCCACCGGCUGCAACUGACUGCAAGCCAUGUUGAUGAUGGAUCCGAUCCAAACCCGAACCUCUACCCAUGGACGGUGAUGAUCAAAGUUGGUAAUAAGCUAGCCUGCAGUGGAGCUCUCAUCACCGAUCGUCAUGUACUAGCGGCGGCCCACUUGAGUUCCAUCAAGAGAGCAGCUCCAUUGAAAGUCAACGUCGCGAAAGUUUUGGUUCACGAGCUAUACGACCAGGAUAGCACCGAAAACGAUAUCGCUAUAAUUCGGUUGGAACGAGCAAUCCCGGUAGAUACAUACAUCCGACCGAUCUGUCAACCUGAUCCGAUAGAUUCUUACGCUGGUCAAAAUGGUUUAGACGUAGAAUGGGUCGACAAAGUGGAACUGGGCCUGGUACUCUCAGAGAUACGGCAGCUAUCGUUACCGAUCUUGUCGAACGAACAGUGUCAAAGCUCAUUUGGAGCGGGUGUCAUCCCUGACAACCUGUUGUGUGCUGGACCACCAAUCGAAGGCGCUGGGGCUGGUGCAGGAGUACUAUUUGCCGGGCGCAAGGACAGGGCGGCGCGUUACAAUCUCGUAGGCCUCGUUUCGCUCAGAAGAAGAGUCAGCCUGAAACAAACGAUAUCUAGCCCCAGUGUUUACACCAGGGUUAGCACCUACCACGAUUGGAUCCAAAGCAAUACGUAUGACGGAUGUCAGUGUGAGCUGUGA